UCGUCGACCCCGUCGCUUUCCUGUUCCGGCUUGAGUCUCCAUCGUCCGUCGCCAUCCAUCCAUCUUCGCCUUCCAUCGUCCCAUCGCCACAUCCAUCGUCCAUCGUCCAUCGCCACGCCCAUCCUCUUCGGCCAGCGUCGCUUCCGUCCUGCACAUCUGUCUGCCAUCGCUCUCGGCUGUCGCCCCCGUGGUGCGUCUCUGGCGAGCGUGGCCUGCUGUUCUAUGCCACGCCCUGCUGCUCCCGCAUCGCUCCAUCGCCGUUGCUGGCUCGAGACCCAUCGACCCCAUGUUGCCUGGGCUCUCUCUCUUUCCCCUGCUCGCCUGCCUGCCUGCCGCCUGCCGCUGCGCUCAUAUCCUCGCCUUCCACCACCGCCCUCGUCGCAUCUCCCACCGUGGUCUUGGUCGGGGCGGUCUCUCAGCCGCUGUCUCCCUCUCCAUCCUCCCGCCUCCAUGUCUCUUUUCCAUGUCCAAUCCACCGCCUUCUCAGCCCAUCUCACAACAGCCACAAGUGCUGCCCUUCACAACCGCCGCAUCUAGUACCGUCUUCGCCGCGGGCUCGUUACCUGUGUCGGGCCAUCGCCGGACAGCGUCCAUCAACUCGGCCAUGACAACCCUCACUCUCGAUCCGUCGACACUCGUCGCUCCUGCGGGUAUCCAGUCUCCGUUCACACCAACCGCAGACCACUCGCUGCUAGAUCCGUCCCUGCCCCAUGCCGGCAACCACAAGCGCACCAACUCCAUGGCCAGCUAUCCAUCUGGCUCGCCGACCUUCCACCAUCCCUUGCCGUACGCUACCGCCUCGCCGUCACCUCACCUCACCAGCGACAACGGCUCCUUUGGCAUCGUUGGCACCCACAGCCAAACCCUGCCCCGCGCCACCCACCACCACGGCCACCGCCCCCAUCUUGGCCACCGGAGAGGCGCUUCCAUGGGCAGCAUUGCGUCGGCACAGGGCUUUGGCUCCUCCGGUCCCGUCACCUUCCCGCCCGAUCCAACCGUCUAUCCCGCACACCUGGACUCGAGCCCCAUUCGCCAUCCCUCACUCGACCGCAUCAACCGCAAGAAAACCCCUUACUCUGUAGACCAGUGGAACGGCCCCAACACCCUCCAGACCCUGCGGGUCAAGUACUCCCUCCACAACGAUGCCAACGCCAUGGCCUUCCAGUCCAACUCGGCCUCUUUCGAUCCGGCUAUGCAGCCCCCCCAGUUGGAUUCGAUCGACCAUGGCUCUCCCGCCGCCCCGGCCUUUGGCUUCCCGCCUUCCCAGAAGGACCUGGUGCUCUCGCGCGAGGCCAGCUUCUCGUCCGUCGCCAACAGCACCCACACCAACAACAGCAACGGCUCGAAUUUCGGUCUUGCCGAGCUGCCGGAUCCCAACGCCUAUCCGCCCUUCCACAUGAACCCUCCAAUCGACUCGCAGACUCCCGCCGUUUUCUCCCAGGACCCGGCCGCUGCUGCCCAGGGCUCCUCGGCCGAUCCGGCCUCGAUGUUUGUCGACAUGGCUCCCUCCGUCGGCGCUGGUAUCGCCGGAGCAGAAUCGGGCGCCACCGGUGCGCCUGAUGUUGCUGCCCCAUCUGUCUACCCAGGUGCCAUGCCCACAGCCGAGUACCGCGAUGGCUACAUGCAGGGUUACGGGCCCGGGGGUGCCCAGCCUGUCCAUCCCAGUUACUUGGCAGCCCAGGCCUCGGCCGGCGGCCAGUUGCAAGCCUCAUUCACUGCCAUGGGCACCCCGUUCCUCCACCAAGUCUCUGUCUACGGCCAACACAGCACCUCUUAUGAUGGCAACGCGCCGUAUCCCGGCCCUGGAGCCAUCGACCCACAGGCCGCCCAGUCAGCGUAUAUGUCGACGCAGGUCCCUCCAGCCCAACAGUCGCAGUACCAGCAUCUGCAGCAUCUGCAGCAUCUCCAGCACCAGCAGCACAUUCUUCACCAGCACCAGCAACAUCUCCAGCAGCUCAAGAUGCCGCACCCCGCCGCCGCCGCCGCCGGAGACCAUGCUGCCGCAUAUGCCGCCGCCAAGAUGAACCUCGGUCCCAAUGUCCUCGGCGUCCAGUCGAGUGCAGGCGCCUACGGCCCGAGCCCGUCCAACAUGUAUAUUUCGUCCAACGCCAAAGCCGAAAUCAAUGGCGUGAUCAAGCCCCAGGUUGCUGCCCAGCCCAAGGUCGAGUCCGACCCGAGCCUCGAUCGUGAUCACGACGGCAAGAACCUCCCCAGGGACGACGAUGACGAUGAUGAUGAGUACUCUGGCGAGGACGUGGACGAUGAUCUAGACGACGGCAGCACCGGCGAGAAGCGAAGCCACGAAUGCAAGUGGGUGGAGUGCACCUUGAUCUUUACAAGCAUGAACGACCUGGUAGCACACAUCAUGGACAAGCAUGUCGGGGGUGGCAAGCCCAACUAUAUCUGCGACUGGAAAGGAUGCGGCCGCGAUCGCCGCCCGUUCGUGAAGCGACACAAGAUCCAGAACCACAUCCGCAUCCACACCGGCGAGCGACCCUUUGCUUGCACCGUUCCCGGAUGCGACAAGACCUUUUCGAGACAGGACGGACUCAACACACACAUCAAGCGAGAGUUCAAGGAUGAUAUCGUGGUCUUUUGCAGAGCGCUGCUUGUGCGAUUCCUGCUGGCUCGUCUGUGGUUGCUCACACAUGUGCUGCGCGAUUAUCCGUCUUGCCCGAUGCAGACCCACUCCAACGUCAAGCCCUUCGUUUGCGCGGUUCCCAACUGUGGCAAGGCCUACUACCACUCGCGCUCGCUACGCAAGCACGAAAAGUCCCAUCAGUCCGGACAGGGCUACGAAGACUAUGACAUGUCCGGCCCGGACGACAACGGCCACAGCCUGCAGGAAUCCGGCCCAGGUUUCGACGGACGCAUGGCUCCGGUCGUAGCCCCUAUCCCGCCGCCUCACGUCGUCGGCGCCGACCCCAUGUGUCGACGACUGAACAUCCCGAUGGAGGAUGUGAUUGUUCCGAGCCAAUUUACGAUUGCUCCGCCCGAGCCGACGACCGUUGCCUGGAAUGCCUAUCUCUGA